AAUCGUAAACAAUGCGUAUUACUCGCUUCACUUUAAAAGAAGGCAGACUGGCCGUGGUUGAAUUAUUAUCGGUAAAUAUUUUGAAGUGAAAAGUUCUAGUUUGAGACCGUGAAAGCCUAUAAUUUAUUGAAUUUUGAAAAAUUUAAGUGUGUUAGUAUAAUGCGAGGUAAAAUGAGUAAACUCCACAUCUACACCAUCUGCAUAAUCAUUGGAUACACAAUAGCUGCACCAGUUUCUGAAACACCCACGAACCAAUUAAGAGAAAUCCGCACAAUAACUGAAGACAAUCCAGGACUAGUGCCCGGAGACGAAGAAGAAAGUUACUUUCCACGCGAAUUUAUUUUCGAAAUCGUAGAAACUAAAGACGCUGCACAGACAAAAGAUGUAUUUGUGAUAGACGAAAUCGUUGACGACGACGAUGACAUGGAAGUAGCUGAAACGCAUUUGUUUCGCCCGUUGUUUCGAUAUCGGGCACAGCUUGAAAAACGAAAAAGAAUCACCGGACGAAGAUCUUAAUCGUGAUUAGUUUCCGUGGAUUAUGUUUGCUACAAGACUGAUAUGAAUUAAUUCAUUUUUUUGUAAUAAAUACAAUAAUUUUCUGUAAUUUAUUUUUAACA